AGCCUUGGAGAUGGGGGUGGGGAGAAGGGGGCCGAGCCGCCGCCGCCGUCGCCGCCGCCGCCGCUGUCGCCGCAGUUGCGGUGGGUGUUUGUGUUUGGGGCCGGGCAGCUUGGACCUCGGCCGUAUUAUGUCCGUGUGAGGAUCCCCCAGGGUCCCUCGACAGUCCGGAGCCUCCUCCGAUUCCCCCCCACCCCUGGCGCCAUGGGGUCCAUCCUAAGCCGCCGGAUCGCCGGGGUGGAGGACAUCGACAUUCAGGCGAACUCGGCCUAUCGGUACCCUCCCAAGUCCGGAAACUACUUUGCCACCCACUUUUUCAUGGGAGGUGAGAAAUUCGACACCCCUCACCCUGAGGGUUACCUCUUUGGAGAGAACAUGGAUCUGAACUUCCUGGGCAACAGACCAGUGCAGUUUCCCUAUGUGACUCCUGCUCCCCAUGAACCUGUGAAGACCCUAAGAAGCUUGGUGAAUAUUCGCAAAGACUCCUUACGACUUGUGAGGUACAAAGAUGAUGCUGACAGUCCAACAGAAGAGAAUGAGAAGCCAAGAGUCAUGUAUAGCUUGGAGUUCACUUUUGAUGCUGAUGCACGAGUGGCUAUCACAAUAUAUUGCCAGGCAGUGGAGGAGUUCAUGAAUGGGAUGGCAGUAUACAGCACAAAGAAUCCUUCUUUGCAGUCCGAGACAGUCCAUUAUAAGAGAGGGGUGAGCCAGCAAUUUUCCCUUCCUUCCUUCAAGAUUGAUUUCUCAGAAUGGAAAGAUGAUGAGUUGAACUUUGAUCUGGACCGGGGUGUAUUCCCAGUAGUGAUCCAAGCUGUUGUAGAUGAAGGAGAUGUUGUGGAAGUGACUGGUCAUGCCCAUGUAUUAUUAGCUGCUUUUGAGAAGCACGUUGAUGGCAGCUUCUCUGUGAAACCUUUAAAACAGAAGCAGAUUGUGGAUCGAGUCAGCUACCUCCUCCAGGAAAUCUAUGGUAUUGAGAACAAAAACAACCAGGAAACCAAGCCCUCUGAUGAUGAGAACAGCGAUAAUAGCAACGAAUGUGUUGUGUGUCUAUCUGAUCUGCGAGACACCCUGAUCCUUCCCUGCCGACACCUUUGCCUUUGUAACUCAUGUGCUGAUACUCUACGCUAUCAAGCAAAUAAUUGUCCCAUCUGCAGGCUACCUUUUCGGGCCCUCCUACAGAUCCGGGCAGUGAGGAAGAAGCCAGGAGCACUGUCCCCUGUCUCAUUCAGUCCUGUUUUAGCACAGAGCAUGGAUCACGAUGAACACUCUUGUCCCUUUAAAAAAUCAAAGUCGAACCCUGUCUCUUUGGCCAGCAAGAAACCUAAAAGGGAAACAAACUCUGACAACAUCCCACCUGGAUAUGAACCCAUCUCUUUGCUGGAAGCUCUGAAUGGCCUUCGCUCCAUCUCUCCUGCUAUUCCUUCAGCUCCUCUUUAUGAAGAAAUCACUUAUUCAGGGGUUUCUGAUGGGCUCCCUCAAGCUGGUUGUCCUCUUGCUGGGCUCGAUAGAGCCUUGGAGAGCAGCCUUCAAAAAAACAAGCCAAACAAGUCUCCAGACAGCACAUUGCGUUCUCCAUCAUCUCCUAUCCAUGAAGAAGAUGAAGAGAAACUGUCUGAAGACUCAGACUCACCUCCCCCGCUAAGUGGGGCUGAGCUCGCCCUUCGGGAGAGCAGUUCACCAGAGAGCUUCAUAACUGAAGAAAUUGAAGAAGUGCCAUCUCUAAAGCAAGAGAGCCAAGCCCCAUCUAUAGAGGACGUCUUACAAGACAGCAGCACUGAGCAUAGAAGCCUUAAUCAACCUGGGAUUGAUCCUCCAGCUGACAUAUACUUACCAGGAAGUUCAGCCUCAAUGGAAACUCCCCAAAGCCACAGUGUGAAUGGUUCUACUCGGCCUCCAGUCUGUGACCCCAGCCCUGAGUAUCGGGAGGCUGAACUGACUUCUCUCUAAGAUCUCAACCAGGGAGUGGUUUGGAACCUUCAGCUCAUUAGGCCUUUGUGAAAGGGCCUUUCGAUCUGGACACCAAAAUACACGCACAGACUCUUCUUUCUCUCCAUCCUCUGUGGGAAUACUAGGCUCUGAGAUGCCACACAGACUUUGACCAAAAGAGCACAGCUAACCUUACACUCUGAUUACUUCCCUUUUUGUAUGUUAAAUUUAUUUGUAAAUGGUACACGAUGAAGGACAGCAGCUUUUAUCAUGCAGCCAUUGAGGGCUUUUUUUUUUCCCUGUAGGACCCCAUUGUUUGGGGUAAGCAGGACUCACGAGGUAGUUCCUUCUCCUAGAGCAGAAAUAACUGCUUAAAAGGCCAGCCUGGAGUUGGCACAAUUUGCAUUUUUAAAGCCUGGAAUAUAUCUGAAACUUGGGGUUCAGGACUGGUAAGCUCCCUAUGGUGGCAUUUAUGUCCACAGCAGAGAUUUUAGGGGGUAGGUGAGAUAUUUUCUUCUAAGGUGGUUUUGAGAGGGAGAUUUUAAAUUUGUUUUUUGUGGGAGGGAGGAAGAAGAAACUUACAAAAGAAGGAGGGGAAUCAAAUCAAAAGUGUAUGAAGGAAAAUAUAGUGUAUAUUUUGUAACACCCAGUGGCUCAUGAUAGCCUUUUGCUGUUGCUGGUGUUUGCUUGACAACAUGCUUGUUUGCCACAAACAUGAUCCUCCUGCAGCAGCACCUGUCCAUGUAGUGUCUUCUUAUUCAUGCCUCUUUAUGAUGUGACUGCUCUCUUUGCUUUGUAUUUCAGCAGUUGGCCAUUUGGGUUUAAAGCAAUUAAUCCUGUCCUCCAAGGGGAUUCUAAGAUCAUUUUUUUUCUUCACCAAGACUUUUCAGGGUGAGAUUUCAUCUAAUUGAAGGAUGCUGAUUUUAGAAGCAAAACAGACUCUACCAGGUCUACUUAAUGAGCUCCAAGCUUGAAUCAAAAUAGCACCCUCUUCUCUGGGAAAAUAGUUAAGACUACACGAAUCUGAGUUGAGAUCUACCAGGAAAGUCUAGAGAUGUUACGUUCACUUGGUGUAGCCUCCCUUGCAAGUGCCCGGAAAAGGGAACUGCAGUUUGAGAAUGGAUUUUGGUUAAGAUUCAAAAGCACAGAAAAGGAAGAUUUGGGUUUUAAACAAAGUCCGCACUUUGCCUGCCAUAUGCAUUUCCUAGUUAGGUGCCUUUCUCUGAGUGCUGAGCUUCAUAGAAGUUUCCAGAGUGUCUAAUUCAUAUAGUGGAUUAGGAACUCCUUUGACGUCAGUAGCUGCCAAAUUGGCAUGGCCAGCCCUGAAACAGAGCUUCUCUUUCCCAUGGAGAGAGUACCCGAUACGCCUCCUGUCCUGAUAGUCUAAAAUUGCCCCCUGGGUUGGUUUGGGGUUUAUUAGGGGAAUUUGUUUGAGACAGAUGACUCCUCCUCUCCCAUAGUUAACACGGGCUGCCUAGGAUUUCAUUAUCCUCAUGAUCUCACCCUCCAGAUGGUAUUCCAUCUUCCAAGAUAACCUUUCCUGCAUUACCAUUUAAAAGGAAAUGUCUUGACCAAAAGGAAAAAUUCUGGGAGGCUGGUACUCAUUGCGAGGUUUUCAGUUUAUUGUUCAACAGCAGCCAAACAAGAAUGCAGUCAAUCGCCUCUAACAAAAAAGCAGUGGCCUCAGCAGUGGCCCUCUUAUCCAUGGGUAAAUUUGGUUCUAUUUUAGUAAAAUGUGAGACCUAACCCAUUAGUGGUUGGAAUGGAUAAACUCUUGUCUAAAAUAUAAUAGUUUUUGCUCACCAACUCCCUCUCCUGGACCCUCAGAAUCUGGAGUCUUUAGGCAACUGAUUUUCAGAACGCGAUUGGACUUGGCAAAGACAGCUCAGAAAGAGACCAAGCCUCAUGCAUGGGGCCCUUUCUUUGACCUCACGUAACAAAAUGUCUGGCAUUUCUUGCCAGAAGUUGGGCCCCUCCCAUGACUUGUCUCAAGUAUUCAUUUGGAACUUGAUAGACAUCCUGAGGCACAAGUCAUAUGCCACAAGUUGAAGUAACCGUCCAAGGUUGUUUUCCUGAACUAGGCUUUUUCAGAAGGUCAUUAAAUGUUUAUGCUGAAACUGACACAAAGAUCCUGCCUGAAAUAUGAAGACCCUUCAGUGGGAGGCAUCCCAGCAUUCCUCAUAAACCAAGCCCACCUAAAGGCAAGCAGGUCUAAGGAGGUGGGGAGAGGCCUGGCCUUCCUUUUUAAGCCUCAGUUAACAAUAAACCUGAGGAAUUGCACUCUAGUUAAUGCUACUGGGUUAAGACAGACAAUAGUUAUGUUCCAACUGAACUGCAGGUACAGAUUUCCGGCUGAGAAAACAGGCUAUCAGAGUCCAGAUGGAGAGCCAGAGUAAUUGGCUUCUGGAAGUGGCCUUCUCACAGCAUGUUUGUGUGUGUUGUCAGUAAACAGGCAAUAUUUUUUCCCUCUAUCCAUCCUUAUCAAUGCAUAUAGUUUUGUCCAGAGACCUUGUAUAGGGUGCCUUGUUUUUUGCACAGUGGGACAAACUGGAGUAGAGUUGUAUAAUUGAAGACACUAAUUUUUUUUCUGUAAUUGCCACUUGUGAAUUUUGUCAUGUGGCUCCUACUCAUGACUCUUUCCUGCCUCUGGAGACAGGUUACUUUGUGCACAUAGCUUUGUUCACAGCACCCCGGGGUUUUCCCAAAUCCCAAUCCUUUCUAUCCAAGCUCCCCAUAGACAUAGUCUGGCUUUCUCCUUCCUGCACGCUGCUUCCCUUUUUUCCCAUCAAGCCCCUUUAAGACCUUUUCUCUUUCAUUUCGGUGCCAGUACUUUGUUUAAACAAUGGAACGAAGAUUUGUUCAUUCUGGAAACAUGCUAUUAUUUGAUGUAGUCUGAUUGGGUAGUUUUUUGUUUAUAUAUUUAUAGUAAUAAAUUCAUGCAGCAAUAUACCAUGUGUUUAUCAUUUCCUCUGAAUAGGAAUCAGAUGAAUUGUGACUGGAUCUCUAGUUGAAUGUUAACUAAUCAGUUUUCAUUAAAUUUUUACCAUUCUAUAAGA